UUCAAGAUGUCGCAGCGCGCCGGAAGUGUUCCUGUAGCUGUGCCCGAGGCGAAGCUCAAGCCGUACUACGUGCCGUGGCACGAGUACGGAAAGGUGAUGAGUGCUGAUGCAGAGUGUAGGGCCGUUCCACCUCUACGGCCUGUACGGGAGCAAGACGUGGAGGUCUUGUUGAAAUACCGCCACUGCUACCGCCACGAUGUGCAGUCUGAGCCGUCCCCGAGACCGGCGCUCACGUAUGUAGUAUCAAACGUGGCAGCAGGUAAGGUGCAAGAGAGGCAAGGCGGAUGCGAAACAGCCCGACAGCAGCCGCCGCAGCAGCACCGCGAUUUGGUUGAGGCAGAGGGAGGCGAAGAGGAGGGGGAGGUGGGGGAGGCCGAGACCAGCCGUGGGCUGCUACGGCGGCUGCUGGCCUGCUGCCUCUGCAUUAGGCUGCCACGAGGCCACAGUUCCAGGAGGACCAGCAGAGUUCAUCCUGAAGAAUCGCCGACAGCUGGCUGCCAGGCUAAGCAACAGAGCCCUGUCGUCAAAAUCCUGGUAUGUAUUGAGAGAAACAUGUACACAACUUACGAAAUCUUUGUAAAGACAUAUAAGAUGCUACUACUUGUCCAAUACCUGUUUCAUUAAUUACAUUAGUAGUUAACUGAGUAAUGAUAGAGAGAACUUGGCAUCAUUUCACCUCAACGAAAAUUGUGAUAUACAGUUAAUGGUACUCAUUACAACAGGAGUCUAGUGAAGCUUAAUUUAAAUAACACUAGCAGUAAAUAGUAGCCCAGUCUCUAUGUGCAGUGUAAUCUAUGAGUCACAAGGUAACCUUGGCUCUACCUGUAAAAGAAAUAAUACUCUGUGAAUAAGGAAAUGGAACAAAGUGAAAAUUGGAAAUUAUCAUAUUUUUAUACUUGUCAUUCGCUACCGAAGGUAGUAGUGUAGAUAGAUUGAGGUAGGAUCCACAGCCAAGGUCUUGUCCGUCAAAUGGAAGCUGACUUGAUGGAAAUCAGAUGGUACCCCAUAUGCAAAUAUUUAGGGAAGAUUUCCAGAUUGGUAUAUGUCUUUAAAUUAAGGUCAGCUUUUCGAAAUACUUGUUUGCAACUGGGGAGUAGGAAUAAUUUAUGAUUUAUUUUUUCUUAGAGAAAAUUUUGAUAGCCUUGAUUUUGUAAGUCAGUAAACUUCACGAUCUUCUUACCAUUUCUGGUUUACAUGUAACACUCGUCAGGAAAAUUACUGAAUCUGUCCUGUUACACAUGCUUAGGCAAAUGCACUUGAUAAUUCCUGCUGGGGCAUGUUCCUAUCUAAUCAAAAUUAAAACGACUACAAUUUCCCGGUUCUGUCACUGUUUUCGGGGAUUUGUCUUGGUUGUAAGCUAUUGCAGUCACUUCUCCAUUAACCGAAAUCAAGAAACUUUUGGCUACAUUAAAUCUUCUGGGUAUCGCAUAGGUCAAAUUUUAACUGUGUUAGUUGUUGGCUGGUAACAUCCAAACUGAUGUCUUCUCAUAUCUUUACCAGAAAUGCUACAUUUUUAGAACACAAAGACUUGCGCUAGACGAUGGGAUUUUCUACUGAUGACGACGGACUGGGAUGUUACAUACUAGGAUACAAUCUGAAAAAUUCCUAUCUUUAUUCCUCUAUAUCGCACUUUGAUAGAUACAGAACAGUCGUCAAGCGAUUUUGAGUGAGGCGUAAUCACCAUAAAAUUUUGCAGUUGUCAUGCCAUUCUCACUUUACCUGGCGCGUUGAUACAGACAUUGCAGAUACGUAAAUGAAAGGGUGUGUGAAUACUGUCCAUUUCGAUUAGUUAUAGAUACAAAAAGAUGUGUUAAAAUAAACAUACUUCGUUUCUCAUUCAACUUUUCAUAUAUUAGCAGUUGGAAGCAAAGAUGCUACUAUAUGAGGUGUUGAAUGACAAACAAAGUGCAUAAUAUUGUUGCCAAUAAUAUACAGUCUACAUUGUGAUUCCAUGAUGAUACUACUAACCCUCAGGAUUGACAGAAAAAGGCAAAUGUGUCAACGUAACGAAAGCGGCCAUGAUCAGGAAACGACUUAAUUGAAAGUUAUAAGCGAAAAUUGCUCUGGUGUGUUUGGCAGUCGCCCUCAUGCUGCAGGCCCCUCGUUGUCUGCACUUGGAGGGGAAUUAGAAUGGACCUAAAAAAGCAAAAAGGUUCAUUAAAAAUGGACUCUAACGUGCAUAGCUGAAGAGCUAUGAGCAGUUGUUAACUUUUGCUACUGUGAAAUACGUGUCUUCUACUGAACAAUUACUCAUAGCUCAUUAGGUAUGCGUUUUAGAGCCCUUGUUUACUGGAUAUUUUUGUUGUAUUGGUUCACACUACCUAAUCCCAAAGCACGAAAAGCAAAGAAUUUGCAGUAGACGUGAUCCACUGUCAGAGUUAUCAAAACUAUUUCCUUUCGUUUCUGGACGAGAGUCCCAUGCGUUGCAUUGAUAUAUUUAUCCCACCCCAUCACCCAUGAAAGUUUGUAACAUCAUCACGGACCAAACCUAUGUAGCUCGCAUUCUCUGUGCGUUCUUCGUUCACGCCACCAUUUACAACAAUGAUCUAAAACUCAGUAUAGAGAGAAGUUUCUAUUUAAACGGACCUAGCGUUUCGUUCAACCUAUACUGACUGCAGUGUCUUCAUCUGUUGCAGGGCGGAAGUGUAGAGGAGAUGAAUAACAGAAGAUGGGAAAAUCGGUUUUCUUUUGGAAUGCAAAUAGUGACAACUAUUUGUUUUGAUAGGUAUAUGUUUCAUUGACGGGGAAAGUAAUCCUAAAUUAAUCUGUGUUUUCCUGUUGCAGGAAACCUAUUCGAAGGAGAAGCAGGAGCUGGUGUCUGCUUGGGUGUUGAAGCAUUUCGGAAGCGCCCAGGACCGCUGCAGAUGGAUGGAGGGGCUGCACGAAGAAGCCGAAAACACACAAUUGGCAGAGGUAACGUACUGCAGAAGCUUUAGCUAUGCAAGCAGUGGUGAGUAGAAGAAUAACAUAAAUAAUAAUUCAUAUAUACUAGGCACAGUAAUGUGGUAAUGUAUGAAAGACUAAAUCGUUGUGUCUCAAUCUGAUGUGAACUGAAAUUUUGAUGUGUGUGUUUACACCCUUAAUUUACAGAGGCAGAAUAUUUGAUCAGAAACUAGACGAUUCUAAAUAAGUUUAUUUACAGAUUCUGUUCCAUCUGUUGUUUAUAUAUGCUUACUCAUUUCAGUUAUUAAAUGUCAGCCAUGUGCCUACCGCAGGAUGUACCUGUAAUAGGAAACAACCAAAACAAAAACAACACUUAUUAACCCUCUCCACUAACGCCCCAAAAUACAAAUAACUGUCCUAACAGGUCUCACAUUUAAACAAUGUAUCAGGGCUUCUGAAGACUGGAGAUUUUUCUCAGUUAAACAGUUGUGGAGCAAAAUGUUUCAAAAAUUAAGGCUGGGGAAUGUCAUAAAUUACUAGUAAUCGUAAUCGGAAAAGAAUUUUUCAUACAAGAGAAUAGAAUAUUUUGAGUUUCAGAAGCGCACCUCUAAUAGCAGAACCACAGCAGUUGAUGAUUCAGGUUCUUGGAUCAAAAAUAAAAUUAAAUCAAUGUUCUUGUCAGUGACUGCCAAACGACUUACAUUGAAUAUUAUU